UCACAGCGCCCAGUCAGGCUGUGUUGAUGUUUUGGAGAACGGGAAGAGGGAGACGCUUUUUGUUUUUGUUCAACUCCACCGUCGAAUGUAAACAGAAUUGUUGUUUCUUUGGUCGGUUUCGGUCCGUUAAGGGUCUUAACUCGGUGACUGGAGCCGAACCGCUCGUUCAGAAGGUGAAUAGACCGACUAGUUUUAUCCAGAACGGGGACUCGUCACCCUCUGACCGCCUCCCUGCUCCACCAUGACGAUCCUCCCCAAGAAGAAGCCCAGCUCUGGUGUCGGCGUCUCGGACCACGCCGAUGACAGCGACCGUCGGAGCAGCUCCGACCCUCACCAACACCCACACCCGCACGCUGGGCGGACCGGAGCCCGACCCAGAGCCUCCCCUCCGCCGUGGUCUUACCAGACUGCUCCCCCCUCCGCCAGAGAGGACAGGCGGAGCAUCGAGGCGAGCUCCCGGCCGCAGCAGGCCUCUCCGCCGCCCGUUGGCUCCGUGUCCCCGGUAGGGCCGGGAGAUGGCAGAGACGGUAGCGGUGGAAUGGUUACCGGCUCCCGCGGGGAGCUUGUUGUGCCUGCCGGUGUCGUUGGAUGCGGCGGGUCGAUAGGCGGUUGCUGCUCCGGGCCCGGGCUGAGCAAGAGGCGGCGGCAGGCAGGAACCUGCUCCGGUGGGGUGGUCGCUGCUCUGGCCGGGGGAGGCCAGCCGGGGGUGACCGGACCCGGAGGUGUAGGGUCCAGUCAGGAUACGGAGGAAGGAGCAGGGAACAACAGCGAGGACGAGUACGAGAACGCCGCCCGGUUGCAGUUCAUGGACCCGGCCACGGUGGAGCAGCAGGAGCAUUGGUUUGAGAAAGCUUUGACGGAGAAGAAAGGAUUUGUCAUUAAGAAGAUGAAGGAGGAUGGAGCAUGUCUGUUCAGAGCAGUGGCUGAUCAGGUGUACGGAGACCAGGACAUGCACGAGGUGGUGCGGAAGCACUGCAUGGACUAUCUGGUGAAGAACGCCGACUACUUCUCCAACUACGUGACAGAAGACUUCACCACAUACAUCAACAGGAAGAGGAAAAACAAUUGCCAUGGCAACCACAUCGAGAUGCAGGCCAUGGCCGAGAUGUACAACAGGCCAGUGGAGGUGUACCAGUACAGCACAGAGCCAAUCAACACAUUCCACGGCAUCCACCAGAACAACGACGAGCCAAUCAGAGUCAGCUAUCACCGUAACAUCCACUACAACUCGGUGGUGAACCCAAACAAGGCCACGAUCGGGGUCGGCCUGGGGCUGCCCGCCUUCAAACCCGGGUACGCUGACCAGUCUCUGAUGAAGUCAGCCAUAAAGACGUCGGAGGAGUCGUGGAUCGAGCAGCAGAUGCUGGAGGACAAGAAGAGGGCGACGGACUGGGAGGCCACCAACGAGGCCAUCGAGGAGCAGGUGGCCCGGGAGUCCUACCUGCAGUGGCUCCAGGACCAGGAGAAACAGGCCCGACAGCCCCGUAAGGCCAGCGCCACCUGCAGCUCUGCAACGGCAGCAGCCUCCAGCGGCCCAGACGACUGGAGUGCCCGGUCGCCACGGCAACGAGACUCUGACCCAUCUCACUCUGAUCUCACGACCAGCUCAUCAGCGAACAACAAGCCCCCCUCGCCUGCAGGAGCCGCCCUGAUCCUGAGCAAACCGCCAUCGCCCUGCGCCCCAGGUCCAAGUAAUCAGAGUCGUCACCACUUGGAGUACAGAGCCAUCAUGCAGGAGAUGUCUCCCACAGCGUUUGGUCUGACGGACUGGGAGGACGAUGAGAUCCUGGCGUCGGUUCUCGCCGUGUCCCAGCAGGAAUACCUGGACAGCAUCAAACACCAGAGCUCCUCCAGCACCGCCAUGCAUCGAGAUAGGGAGGCGUCGCCCGACAGCAGCUGAUACCCGGGUGACGCCAAACUCCGGCCCCUGCCAUCUCACCCCCUCCUCCCCCGCCUCACCUCUGACCUUCAGACAGAGCUCAAACACAACAACGAUGCACUCUUUUUUUAUUUUUUUCAUCAGCUUCCUCUUCCUCUGUCUCACUUCCUGCUCCUCCCACUUCCUGGUACUUCACAGACACAGCUGGGUCUUACCACUGAUCUGAGAUCAGUUAUUAUUUAAAGUCAGCAGCUUCCAGCAGUUUGAGUUUUACUCCUCUCGUCAGUCAGGCUGAACAACCCCAACCCAACAGAACCCGGUGGCCGUCCCACUAACAAGUCUUAUGAACUCAGCCACCAUGUUGUCCCACCGCUGUCAGCCAUGUUGUAGCAGCGCGGCUCAUCUUCAUCAGACGAACUGAAGCCUUCAGCCUGUAACUCCUCUUCAUCAUCACCGUCAUCAUCAGACUUAUUUAGCUGCAUGUUUAAUCGACCACAGCGACAUCAUAGAAAAGCAACAAAUAAAAAAAGGAGAAAAAUAGAAAAUUGUCAUACUUAUCCUCUUAAUGAUUGAUUAUUGUUAUUAUUAAUAAUAUAAGUUUGUUUUAUUUUAUUUUUGUUUGUUUGUUUGGGAAGAAAAAAGUUUUUUCUUGGAAUAAAAGAGAAAAAUGUUUCUGAACCACGUCCGAGGUUUCUAUUCAGUGUGACGGACGACGCAGAGAGACGAUUAGAAGAUUCAUCCUCGAGUCCUUUGGCGUUCGGGUUCCUUCAGUGGGAUUAUUUAUAAAAUGUAAACGAACAACAGGAUUUGUUUGUGAAUUUUGGUAAAGUGAGAUUAGUAGCAGCUGAUAUUGAUGCCUACAGGAGCAGGAAGCCGAUCCCUGAUCUGAUAAUGGAGCUGACCUGGUACACCCAACCGGAUGUUUACUGAGCUCUGGCCUUUUUAGGAAAUCUUAAUGAAACGUGCCAGGUGACCCAGUUCAGAAUUUGUAUUUUCUAAACUUUAUUUAAACUUUAAAUAAAAUUGUCACGUGG